AUGUCUUUUAAUAGAAAGUUAAAGGCAAAGACUUUGGUCCUUGAGGAGGACGAGACUGAUGAGCUUGAGAUCAAGCCCGUCAAGUUUACCAAGAAACUGGCGCGGAAGAAGAUGCCUAGAACAAAUCUAGCCGCCGAGAGCGAUGAGGAAGACGUACCAGUGGUAAGGCCCAAGGCCAAAUCUGGUGUCAAGAAGCGUUUUAAUGUGUUAACCCCUCUAAGGGCUCCGCAAAGUGACGAAGACGAUGCAGAUGAUUCUAUUUACUCUAAAGACUAUCUAGACGGAUUGAGAAGGUCGCAGAAAACUUGGGCCGGGUCUGAACUGGAAGCUAUUAGUAAAUCACUACAUAUGGUGACAUUGGCCGCUACGAUCCUCGAUACCCCCACCUCCGGCUCCACAGUGAUUCCCGAUGACGAGACAAUAGCACGUUUGAAACAGAAGCGAAUGGACUUGCGGAAGCAGCUAAACAGCAAAGACCGGCCCAAGUUUGUCAGUGCUGAAGGUGAAGCCAAAGCCCAGUCCUACCCCGAAUACAUCUCCCUUGACUCCGAUGAUGGGGUCAGGGCAAAAGAGGAAAUUGCAGACGACGACGUUGAGAUGGACGCAUCGGUGAGCGGUUUCCUAGACGACGGGGUAUUGGCUCUUAAUGAACUAGAACGAAAGCACCAGGAACUCAAGCAGAAAGAGGAGAUUGCCCAGAGGGUCUACAGUGCCCAAGGAAGUAGCGGCGAGAGCAGCGGAGAGAUAGACGAUGAUGAUGAGGACGCGCUAAUGGCGUGGGAAAAUAAGUUGAUCAACCAGGGAGCUACAACAUCUACAGAUAAGAUACGAAGAGUCACACCCAGGCUAAAGACAAUACCCUCGCUAGAGGAGCUGGUAUCGGCCCUCCAUAACCACUUGAGGAAAAUGGAAGCUAUCGGGUUGCAGUAUCAGCUCCGACGUGAGGAAUUAGCACAAGAGCUAGAAAUGUUGAAGCAAGAGGAAGCAACAAUUGCUGGCAGGCUUGACUAUAUUGUUUGA